UUUAGGUGGUCUCUUUUCAGGGCUUUAUCUAAUUAUCUUCUUAAAGAACCAACCCUGAAGUCAUGACCCUCAUCCGUAGAUUUGUGGAGUUUGGACAGCUCAGUAGAGAAGAAAAAUGCAACAAGGAGUGGAGAUGAUGAAGGUCGACAAUCAGGCCACGAUGACGUUGAAGUUGGGAUUACCUGGCCUUCUCAGAGAAUCGCUGAAAAUCUUUCACAAAAAUCCCAAGUUCAUCUUCUUCACUUUCCUUACCUCCAUCCCUCUGUUCUGCACCAUGCUACCCCACGAAAUGUUGUUCCAACGAGCCCUGAUGGAAGCGGUAGCAACUCUAACAGUGCGUACCGAAUCCACUGAUUCCAUCGACAGCCCAACUUACUACGCCGACGAACAGCUUCGGACCAUAGAAGGUUUGGUCUGGUCCAUGUCACACCAAUUCCUCAAGCUGGCUCUUCUUUAUUUGUUUCCUCUCCAUGUCUGCGACCUCCUCAGCAUUCUCGCAACUGUUGAUUCGGCAUCGGCAAUUUAUGCAGGAGAGGAAGGGACGGAUGGUGUGAAGGAGAUGGUUCAGAGACUCAUCACCAGAACAAGAUGGAAAGGGCCUUUCAUCACCUCCAUCUUUGUUCUCACCAUGUCUGCUGUAAUUCUAUUCGAAAUCAUCUUCAUUGUGGCAUUAAGCUACUAUGCACCAGGGAUCAAUCUGUCUGAAUUGUUGUAUGGGCUGUUGAAUGCGGCGUUGUACGCUGCAUGUUUUUUAGUGCUAUUCAAGAAAUGGUUGGAAUGGAGUGCUGUAUGGAACAUGGGCGUUGUUUUCUCGAUCCUGGGGAAGAGACAUGGGAUCGAAGCCUUGGAGUUAUCGGCGUAUUUUAGCAAUGGUAGCUGCAGGCAGCUCGGGUUUCUUCUGAUGCUUGGUUUGUUCGUGUGGAACCUGGGGUUAAGGCUGAGCUGCUUCCUCCUCCUCCAUUUGGUGGGACGCCAGGGGAAUCAAUGGACUGAAAUUCUGGCCACGUCUGCACAGGUUAGCUUGAUGUGCUUGGGAAAUGUCUUCAAGUGGGUGACCUUCAUGGUUUACUAUUACGAUUGCAAGAACCGCUUCUCCGAAAAGAAAAUCCAUGUGGAGGAAGCAUCAAGUGUUUAAAAGUCGUCCAUCACACUGUCAUACGGCCUGUUCCCCCCCCCCCCCUUUUUUUAAGUUUCGUGAUAUUUAAUUAUCUACCGUUUGAUCGCACGCGACUUGUAUAACAAGCCAAAUUUAGUUGAUUAAUCAGAUCAGAUCCAGAUGGCCUAAGAUCACAUAACCCUCAACUGAGUGUGGAUCCCACCGAAAUAUAUUAGACAGAGGAUGAAAAAAAAAAGAUCAAAACCGGGUCCAUAAUCCUACCAGUGGUAGAUUGGUAGGAGCAAGGUUUUAAAAACCGGACCGGACAUUGGCAACCGGUUCCCGGGUCAAAGGGCCUGAUCAUCCGGCUCAAACAGAUGGAUCAUUCUGAUUUAAAAUAAUAAAAUAAAAGCGGCUAAAAACUGCUGUUCGGGUCCAUGGUUCGAC